UUUUGGCCAGUGUACGCAAUAUUUUGGCAUCCAACUUUGCAUAUUAACAUCGGUGGCCACAGUUCCACGAUUUGAGUGCACAAAGCACAGUAGUCCUGCUAAGUGAGAGAGUUUUCAAAGCUUAUUUACAGGCUAAAUACCAGUUCAUUUUAUUUACAAUCUCAAAAAGCUUUCAUACUUCCUUACGAACCUGUAUUUCCAAGUUCUGCAAACCUUGGAAUAUUACUUCAUCCAAAUUCCUCGCAAAGCAGAGAAAAAUGGCAGCAGCUUUGAUCGGAGAGGCUCUAAUCUCUGCUUCUAUCGAGGUGCUGUGUGACAGAAUUACUUCAGCCGAGUUCAUCGACUUAUUUCGACAGAAGAAACUCAACGAACCACUCCUCAUGAACUUGAAGACGACACUGUUGACUUUGUUCGUGGUGCUCAAUGAUGCAGAGGAGAAGCAAAUUGUGAACCCUGCUGUGAGAGAGUGGCUUAACGAGCUCAAGCAUGCUGUCUUUGAUGCAGAGGACUUACUGGAUGAGAUCGACACUGAAGCUUUGCGAUGCAAGCUGGAAGGUGAUGAUCAAACCCACAAAUUAACCAACCAGAAAAGUGCUCUUGGUCUGAGGGAAGGUGCUGGGAGGAAGGUUUCACAAAGAACUCCAACAACUUCCUUGGUUCAUGAACCUUGUGUAUAUGGUAGAGAUGAAGUCCAAGAAAAUUUAUCAAAAGUGUUGCUAUCUGAUGAUGCAAGCAAGGAUGAUGUGUCUGUCCUCACCAUUGUUGGAAUGGGUGGGGUUGGCAAGACAACCCUUGCUCGAAUGCUUUACAACAACAAUAAGGUCAAAGGGCAUUUUACACUCCAAGCUUGGGCUUGUGUUUCAGAAGACUAUAAUGCUGUUAGAAUAACUAAAACUAUUCUUGAGUCAGUCACUUCAAAGCCUUGUAAUACGACAGAUCUGAAUUUGCUCCAAGUUGAAUUAAGAGAACAGUUGAGGGGAAAGAAAUUUUUAUUUGUGUUGGAUGAUCUAUGGAAUGAAAAUUAUGGUGAUUGGUCGCGCCUCCAAACUCCUUUUAAUUCAGGGGCAAGGGGAAGCAAAGUCAUAGUAACAACACGGAACAAACAUGUAGCAUCUUUAAUGAAAAAUGUUCCCAUUCAAUUCUUGGAACCAUUGUCACAUCAAGACUGCUGGUUGUUACUUGCUAAACAUGCUUUUGGAAAUGAAAACUAUAGUGCAAAUUCAAACUUGGAAGACGAGCGCCUCCAGACUCCUUUUAAUUCAGGGGCAAGGGGAAGUAAAGUCAUAGUAACAACACGGAACAAAAAUGUAGCAUCUUUAAUGAAAAAUGUUCCCAUUCAAUUCUUGGAACCAUUGUCGCAUCAAGACUGCUGGUUGUUACCUGCUAAACAUGCUUUUGGAAAUGAAAACUAUAGUGCAAAUUCAAACUUGGAAGACAUUGGCAAGCAAAUUGCACUCAAGUGCAAAGGGUUGCCUUUAGCUGCACAAACACUCGGGGGUUUGUUACGUUGCAAUAUAGAUUCCGAGGAGUGGAAUAGAAUACUAAAUAGUAAUAUUUGGUACCUACCCUAUGGUACAACUGACAUUCUUCCGGCUCUAUGGUUGAGUUAUCAGUAUCUCCCUGCUCAGUUAAAACGAUGUUUUGUUUAUUGUUCAGUUUUUCCAAAGGAUUAUGAGUUUGAAAAGGAAGAUGUAGUUCAAUUAUGGAUGGCAGAAGGCUUAGUUACACAAACUGAUAAUGGGAAGAUUAUGGAAUCUGUGGCUAGAAAAUACUUUGAUGAGCUAUUAUCCCGGUCGCUGUUUCAAAAGUCAAGAGAAUUCGGUUUCACAAUGCAUGACCUCAUUCAUGACUUGGCUAUGUUCAUCUCUAGGGGGUUUUGCCUUAGGCUGGAAGGGGUGGAAUCACGUGAAGUUAAAAGAGCUCGUCAUUUGUCAUAUGCUAGGGGAGAAUUUGAUGUUGCUCAAAAAUUUGAGCCAUUAUAUGGGGCUAAGUGUUUGAGGACCUUCCUACCUACCUCUUUAAAAACAAAUAAAUAUCGUGAAGAAUUUUAUGUAAGUAAAAAGGUUCUACAACAUUUGCUGCCAUCACUAAGAUGUUUACGGGUGCUAUCAUUGUCACGUUAUCAAAAUGUCACUGAGUUACCUGAUUCUAUUGGAAACCUCAUUCAAUUGCGCUACUUGGAUCUUUCCCAUACCACAAUUGAAAGGUUACCUGGGGUACUUUGCAAUCUCUACAACUUGCAGACGUUACUAUUGUCAAAUUGUUCCUCUCUCCUUGAAUUGCCUGCAAAUAUCAGAAAAUUGAUUAAUUUGCAAAAAUUAACGUUGGCAAGUUGUAGCUCUCUUACUAAAUUACCUGCAGGAAUAGGGGAGUUGAUUAAUUUGCAUCAUCUUGAUGUCAGUGGAACUAAAAUUGAAGAGAUGCCGGUGCAAAUGGGAAGACUGAAAAGUUUGAGACAAUUGACUGCUUUUGUUGUGGGCAGAUCUGCUGGGUCAAGCAAAGGAGAACUGAGGGAGUUCCCGCAGCUUCAAGGAAAACUUGCAAUUUUGAAGCUACAAAAUGUAGUUGAUGCUAGGGAUGCAUUGCAAGCCAAUUUGAAGGACAAGAAAGAUCUCAAGGAGUUAGAGUUGCAUCUUUAA